UCCCUCAAGCCAAAGGCUUAAGAAUCCUCAAUGUCUUCUUCAUCUCGCACUGAAACAUUCAUCUGUGUUGUGUUCAUAGUUCUGUGUAUGGAAGCGUUGAUUGUGUCUACUUAAGAUGGUGUGAGGUAAAGGCAUUUCCAGCUCAGGAGGAGUGAACAUCACUUCAGUGUAAAGCACUGUUUUAGCAAGCCCUUAUUGCUUUGGCAUUAGUUUGUGUCAAGCGAUCUAUGCCUUUAGCCACCAUUGCUUGCUUGUAGACGGACAAAAAUAUACUACUUAGGAAAUGACAUGGUCGUAUAUUUUUCAUAGUUGAGUAUUUUCCAGUGUUCAGACACUUUAGAAGUGUCAACCAGAGUGCACCAGCAGGACAUUCCAGAAAGCCACAGCUGUGCUUCUGUACUCCAAAUGGAAUCGUGGUCAAAUGGCCUUUAAAGGAUUUAACUGCGGCCCAAUAUCGCUUUUGAAUUCUUGGUUAAUAAUUCACAAGCAGGUGCCUCAAAAAGUGAUAAAAUAAGUCAUCCUGCUUAUGCAGCAAUAUGUAUUUGGUUAUUUCCUUGUAAUCACAAUUUUAAAAGCAUGACAGCAAAAUUCUUUGCAGUAGUAAGGAGUCUCCCAAAACUUUGUCCAGGUCAUAUUUCAUCCUUUAAUCAGAAAGAAAAAAAAAUUAAAUUAGGCCUUUGCUAUUAUAAUGCAUUAGAAAAAAAAGUCUAAUUUGGAAUGUGCUCAACUGUGUGUAUAGCUAAAAUAUUAACAUUUAUCUAGAAAUAUAUUUGGAUUUCCGAGCAAUACAUUUUUCUUACAUUGUGGCUUUAUUUUAAUGAUGAGCACAUUUUCCUUACAAAUUAUAUACCGUAUUUUCCUAAAACAUAGAACGCCCUCUCGCGGCUGUAGACGGUAAUGUUUUCUCUUGGUUCUUGGUUCUAAAUAAAUGCGAUUUAUAGUCCAGUGUGACUUGUAUGUUUUUUUCCCUCAUCAUGACGAAUUUGACUGAUGCGACUUAUACUCAGGUGCGACUUAAAGUCCAAAAAAUACGGUAGUUGUAAUGGGGAAGAAAAAAAUAAAUAUUUAUGCAGAGUUUUUUUUUUUUUUUUUUGAUUAUGGAGUGAAAUAUGAUGCCCUAGUAAGUGACUUCUUGCAGUGUUCACAUGAGAACACUCUUGUGUUUCGUGGCUGCUGCAGAUUCAGUGCGUUUUAGACAUCUGCCAGACUUUAAUCCUCCUGGUGGGUUCUAAAAGCUUUUUUUAUAUUUCAGCCAGACACUUAAAACAUUAAAUGGUGAACAUUAGAAAAGACUAGUCUCCUUUCUUAUUACAAACACACCUGCAGCUCUUUUCUGCUCAACAGUGUCUGGUACCACUGAAUUCUUUUUUUUUUUAAUAUACUGAGUUAUAACAAUGAGUUUGAACAAUUGUGCAAGGAAGUGAGUAAAAGCGUGUGUAAAUAGACUUGCUUUACAUAUGAGGUCCCUUUUGAAGUGUUUCUUCCACUAGUUUGUGUUUAACUGUGGCCAAGUGGAUGCUAGGCCGUGUUAUGGAACAAUAUCUCACAAAAUCAUCACUGUUUUGCUGCAGCAUGACAUCAGUGCUUUUCACAUUUACUACAUGGUGUUUGUGUCUGUAUUUUCUUUUCAUCUUUUAUUCUUUAGCAUGUGUUCUCUGAGAGCACAAUUCUCAAUAGAAUGAGCAGAACAACCAGGAAAUGUUUUUUUUUUUUUUUUUUUUACUUUUGUUUACUUUUUACUGUUGUCAUUGUAAAUAUGAAUGUGUUUGUAUACAAAAAGAAUAUGCCGUAUUGCAAAUCUGUUUAAACCGUUUUCAGUUUUACCAGAGCUACUUUUUGUCUUUUCCAGCUUCACCCAGCUUUUGUUUUUAAGACUGUCGAUGAAUGAAUGUAAUGUUUGCUCAUUUUAUUGCUACCAUUAACAGAAGGGACACCUUUGAGCCUUAACUCACUGCACUAUUGCUAAAUGUAUGCAUCCUCUGUCUUUUUUGAUCAGUUUCAAACAGGUACAAGUUUUGCAUUGUGUCAUUUGUAAAGCAAGAACAUGCUACAUUAUGUAAUGGUUAUUUUGGUUAUUAAAAUUAUGAGGAUGAUCAUAACUGAAGAUUUCGAAUCGGUGUAAAACUAAUUUUUUAAGUAUUUAAAUUGCCUAAAGCACUUUGUAAGUCACUCUGGAUAAAAGCAUCUGCUAAAGGCCUUAAAUAUAAAUGCUUUGACAUGAUUGAAUUGCAUUGAAAAUGUACCACCUCUUCACUGUGUGCGUUGUCAACAGAUGACAUUGUUACAUCAACUUCAAUCGCACUAUUUUUCCCAUGUUGCAAAGUAAAGGUUUCAACAUAUAAUUCACAUAUCGUUUUCAGUAGCUUGUGUAUUCUUAAAGGUAUUUGAGAUAUUUUGUGGGAGUACUGUGUGGAAACCUUUUCUGGCCGCUUUUUUUUUUUUUUUUUUUUUCUUGUUCCCACGAUCUGUUGUAUUGAGCUUUAUCUUUGCAGUGCAUUCCCAUUUAAACAUGCAAUCUGAGUGUCUGACCCACUGGCAGAUUCUCAAGGGCCUGCUUUGAUUAUUUCAAAUGUGCAUUUUAAAGUUUCUGUUUAUGUGUGUGAUCACAAAAUGGAGAGUAAAGAGCAGGAAAACUGCAUGAGAAUAGCUUGAUCUCUUGACUCUGCAUGAGAAUACAGUUCACACACAGUAUCUGAUUACUUUACCUUAUAAGUGGUGAGUGGUAAGUUUAAUCAAAGUAAGGUUAUACAUUUGCAAUGAGAUUUCCAUGGUUUUCAUUACACCUUUAAUAUAUGUAAAAGCACAGCACAAACAUUCUCCAAGGUAUCUUCUUUUACGUUCCAUGGAAGAAAAUCUUAUAUGUUUGAAACAACAUAAUGGUGAAUAAUUAAUGGCAGAUUUAUUUAAUUUCUUUUCUAAAUGCACUUUACAAAUAUCUAUGGUCCCUUUAAGAUGCAAAGCAAGCAGAUGAUCCCGGUAACACGUCACUGCUGUAUUGUCAUCAUCAACCAGUUUGGACUGGAACUGCAGCGCGCAGUCACGAGCAAAGAGAGAUGCACGUGGCAUCUGUUUACAAUGUCAUUUACAGUAAAAAAAAAAAAAAAAAAUACAGUAAAAAAUUAUUUAUAGAAAACAGUCAGAUGGCAAAUGCCAUAUGUCCAUGUCACAGAAAACGUCCCAUGCAUACCCUGCACAGAGAUGAUGCUGCCUUUAAAUGCAGAUUAAUGGCGUUUACAUUUUCAGCAGUCUUUAAAAGUCUUUUAAUUGUUGACGGGAAAUGAUCGCGGUUGGGUUGUCACUGGAGGCAGGCUGCGUUCACUGUCAUAAGAAAGGAAGUUAGAGGAGCAUCGAAAUGUGAAGCUGGACCAGCGAGAACAGCUUCAAACCGGUUUAAACGCCUGGCAACAAAAGCCGGAGCUCGCGCAGAACACACCGCACAAUGAUGAAGGACAGAUCGGGAUGUUCCAGCUCAACACAUCCACAAUCAUUCAUAUAGAUCAUAGUGGUCAUCUCACAUUAUGACACAAUGACAAGACAUUUCAGAUCAUAACGCAGUAUUGUCCAAACAGCCUGUUCAACAACAUCCUGAACAGAAUUUACCACGGAAAUCAUCACAUUUCCCUGUCGGUGAGUGUUAACAUGAGUGCCCGAAACACUAAGCAAGCCCCGGACGGUGGAUGGGGUUGGGUCAUUGUGGUUGCCUCUUUCAUGGGUCAGCUCCUGGCCUACGGUUCGCCUCAGUCAGUGGGGGUGCUUUACCCAGAAUGGUUGAACACCUUCCAGGACAGCAAAGGCAUGACAGCGUUGGUCGGCUCUCUCGUGUCUGGGGUCGGACUCAUUGCUAGUCCCAUCUGCAGUGCCUGUGUUGUGAACUUCGGGGCCAGACCUGUGACCAUCUUCAGUGGGGUCAUGGUUUCUGGAGGACUUAUGCUUAGCGCUUUUGCACCCAAUGUUCAGUUUCUCAUAUUUUCCUAUGGGAUUGUUGUUGGACUAGGCUGUGGACUUGUGUAUGCUGCUACUGUAACCAUCACUUGCCAGUAUUUUGACAAGAGACGUGGUCUUGCUCUUGGCAUCAUUACAACAGGUACAAGUAUUGGAGGUUUUCUCUACGCUACUGUGCAGAAUGAGUUCAUUGCACUCUUCGGACUCGACGGCUGUCUUUUGCUCAUUGGCUGCUUUGCACUAAACAUCAUCGCCUGUGCUGGACUCAUGAGACCGCUGCACCUGCCGGCCUACUACCUGAAACAGAGAGCAGCGCUGGCCGAGAAGACCGAGGAGAAGGUUCUGGAAAAGUCCCCUGUCGUGGAGGACCCAAUCAAGAAAAAUCAGUCUGUCAACAUACUAAUCACAGGGGAGACGAAAGAGCGGAAGAGCCUUGUGAGCUACGCAGCGUUGGUGCGGCUUGUGAAGAAGAAGCAGAAGAAGUACUCUGAAUACUUGCACUCGACGGCGGAGCUGCUUCAGAACAGGGUCUUCUUGGCCACGUGCGUGUCUUUGUUCGCAUAUUGCUUGGGGGCUUACACUCCUCUUCUCUUCCUGGAGGAUUUGGCCCAGAGCGAGGGUCUGAUCAGCGGCAUCAGCACCAUCCCGCUGGUCUCCAUCAUGUCCAUUGCUGCUGGAGUGGGGAAGCUGCUGCUGGGCAUCAUGAUGGACGUCCGCUGGAUGAACAGCAUCUUUCUGUACGUCUUCACUCUGCUGGGAACAGGGGUGGUUCUUCUCAUAAUCCCCAUCACCAAGAACUACGCUGGGCUGCGGGUCAUCUCAGCGCUGCUGGGGUUUUUUUCUGGAAACUGGUCUGUCAUACCCUACGUGACCACUAAGGUGGUGGGAAUGGAUCGUCUGACUGAGGCAUAUGGCAUCUUGAUGUUCUUUGGUGGAUUUAGUAUAAUGCUCGGACCACCGGUCGCAGGCUGGAUUUACGACUGGAUGAACUCCUAUGACCUGGCGUUCUACUUCAGCGGGAGCUUCGUGCUGCUGGGAGGAGCUGGCCUUUUCCUCGCUGCUGUGUGCUGUAGGGACAACAACCAAGAAGAAACCGGCACGCCAGACACAGAAUGCAUUAAUGACUAUGACAAAGUGGCAACGGUUGCCUGAAGCACGACUACAAGAUUAACUGCUCUCCAGCAGAUGAAUUCCCCCACUCCUUAAUUACAAAUAGAUGAAGCGUACUUUACACUGAACAUGUCCGAUGUUACACUGAAGAACGCUAGCGAAUGAAUAGAGGACUGUCCUUAGGCUUGUUAUUUGUGGCCUUGUUUUAGGAGGCUCUGGUUCUGCAUUCACAAUUUUGUUUUGGUUACUGUCCGGAUGGUAUUGAAAUAUAUGGAGACGGUGGAGUCCUCAGUGCCAUGUGUCAUCAGUCUUAGAGAAACAAUGUUUUCGAAUGUCUCAAGUUUUAUGAGAUGGCUGUAUUGUUU